CUCACUUCACACAGGCUUUCUAUGGUAGAGAAAGGACUUUUAUUUUGACAGGUUGGUUACGCAGAGCCGGACUCUACCAUUGGUUGCACAGUGUAUUGAGGGCAUGUGGAAAGUAGGAAUGUCGGAGGAGGUUGGAAAAGCGUUACACGCGGUGGUAGACAAGGUAAAUCAAGCGGCGGCACGUCGCCCCAAGACGUUGCCUGCAGUGCCGCCCCGCCUGGUAGCUGUAAGUAAGACGAAACCACCUGACAUGGUGAUCGAGGCGUACCGAAAAGGACAUCGCAAUUUUGGUGAAAACUAUGUGAAUGAACUUGUGGAUAAAGCAUCAAAUCUUCAGAUUUUAGAAUCAUGCCCAGAAAUCGAAUGGCAUUUUAUUGGCCAUUUACAGAAGAAUAAUGUCAACAAACUUUUGGGUGUACCAAACCUGUUCAUGGUGGAGACGGUGGACUCAGCCAAGUUGGCCGACAAGGUGAACAGCUCCUGGCAGAGGUUAAGAGCAGCUAGUACGCAGACGUUAAAGAUCAUGGUUCAGAUCAACACCAGUGGGGAGGAAAGUAAACAUGGACUGCCUCCUGGUGAGACAGUGAACACAGUGAAACACAUUUUAUCCAAAUGCUCUGCCCUUCACUUCUCUGGACUCAUGACCAUUGGUCGCUAUGGCUACGACCUAGCUGAUGGCCCUAACCCAGAUUUUCAGGCUUUGCUGAGUCGGCGACAGGAAGUGUGUGCCAGUCUACAGCUGCCCCUUGAGGAUGUAGAGCUUAGUAUGGGCAUGUCCACUGACUUUGAACACGCGAUUGAGGUGGGUUCAACCAACGUGCGAGUUGGUAGUACUAUUUUUGGGAAUAGGGAUUAUCCCAACACUCCCACUCCCAGUCCAGAGAAAAAGUCCAAGGUUCCGACAGAAGAAGCAGCUAAGAAGAUGGAGCGUCUCACUGUGACAGAACAGUGAUGUUUCUCCUCCCUACACUCACACAGGCUGAAAAGGAAUUCAGUAUUUUAUGAGAAUUAACUGGAAAAAAAUGUCUUUGGUUGAUCUAGAUUUUCAAUUCAUUUCUACGGAGCCCAUUCAUUUGAGUAUUUUUGGAAGGAAUUCGAUCUUCAAGUUGACAUUACAAACAGAUUUUUAAAUUACUUCUCACAUUUGGCAUAGAUUCUCAUUACUCAAUUGAUGUUGGAUAUAAGAAGCUAUAACUCACAUCUCAAUCUUGUGCCAACCCUAGAUUCAAUAGAUAGCGUUUAACACGAUAACAUAUCGAUCAUUCAGAGUCAAGCAGAGCUGGAGUUUAUAUCUAAUCUAGCAAAUGUUUUGAUAAUUACUAUACUGAACUCUUGACCGUUUUGAAUAUCCCAGUGAUUGGGAAUCUUACAUAGUAAAAUGUCACAUUUUUCUGGCAAAAUACUUGUGAUUUAAUAAUAAACAUACCCCCCCUUUAUGAUG